GCGCCAAUCACAAGCCGCGCUGCGACAUGCCAGCGACCCCCGACAACGCCAUCCGCGGCAGGACAUUUGACUUCACGGUCGCCGCACGACAGAUCCAUCUCCGCGUCGCGUCCCAUCGAGGCCCCUCUCUCAUGGUAGUAUAAGGGCCCCCUUCAUCCUGCGCCACCAUGGCACCCUCGAGCCAGUCAGGCCCCGGCAAGAAGAAUGCCGCCAUGUCCAAGCAGAGCCGCAACUCGACGCCGGCGCCGGCCAGUCUGCCGCCGACCGAGUUCUACGAUCCAGACUACCUCAACACCAGGGUGAUCCUCUUCUCGAACCUUACGUACGAUGACCUCGUCGACCAGGGCGCUUCCAAUGCCACGAUUCCCAACUCAAAGAGCAUCGAUGUCAUGCUCGACAAGCUCAAGAGCCUCACCAGUAUCAUGGAGAAGCGCUCGACAUUCUACGAUCGGGGCAUGCGUCAUCUCGCCGAUGAGCGUAAGAAGCGCCCCGAUGACGACUACAUGCGCGUCGAUGGCGAGCAAGAAGGCAAGAAGCACAAGCACAAGAGAAAGAAGGGCUCCGAGUCGCAGGCACUAGGAGACGGUGGAGAACAAUCAUCACCGCUCCGAGACUCAAAACGAAAACAUUCCCGCGACGGCUCUGCCAGCUCCUCCUUGUCGCCCAUCGCAGCAGGCUCACCUUCUGCUAUGGACGUUGACAAGAAGCCAAAAGAAGACAACAAAGAGGAAGAAGACGAGUCGAGCUCCGAGGACGAGGGCGCUCCGCCGAGACGCGAGAUGCCGCAGUCGCAAACGUUCGGCGAGGACCCGUCGACAUUCCCGGAUCCUACGGUUUAUGAGAUCAAGGAGAUCCAGCCGGGCAUGUCCGACGAGGAGAAGAAGGAGAUAUAUUCGGUUGCCGUCUAUCCGCGAAGCAACCUCGCCGACAUGAUUGCCGGUGACCCGCCAGACAAGGACUUCAGCAACGCCAAGCCCAGCAGCCAAAUCAACUUUACCACCUUUUCGACGUACAUAGAUCCCUACUUUCGGCCAUAUACAGAGGAGGAUCUCGCAUUCCUGCGAGAACGCGGCGACCGCGUGUCACCGUUUGUCAUGCCGAAACGCGGCAAGCGAUCCUACACGGAGAUCUGGGCCGAGGAGGACGGGGCCAUGGCGGUCGACUCGCCGCAGCAAGGCCGCGAGAAGCUGCCACCGAACCAGCCCCGGGGCACCAUCGACAACAUGACGGACAGCAUUGGGGAGACGGACGGGCUCUCAAUCAGCCCGCUGGCAUCGCGCCUGCUGCAAAUGCUUCGACCCGAGAACCGCCAGUCGCCUGACGACAAGCCCGCCACGAAUGGCGUCGUGAACGGAGACGUCAGCAUGAACGGAGACAUUAACGAUGAGUCGCAAGUAAACGGCACCAGCGACGACAAGACCAACCCGCUGCCCCCCGCCACGUACAUGCCGGAAUCGUCUACAGAGGCCUGGAAGAAGGCGACCCAUCCCAAGCUCGACUACGCGCAGGUGGACGAGCGUCUGAAGCAGGAGCUGAAGCACAUUGGCUUUCUGCCGCAGGAUGGUUUCGAGGGAGACUAUGACGGCCACUUUGACGACGAGGUGGCAGGCAGACUGCGUUUCCUGCAAGAAAAGCUGCGGCAGCAGAUGCUCAUAAACGGCGCGCGCAAGGCGCGACUGACGGAGCUGGUACGCGAGAGGAUGGCGCACCAGGAAUACCAGACGAUUCUAGAGGACCUGGACUCGCAGGUGCAGGCAGCGUACCUGAAGCGCACGCGGACAAUGGGCAAGAGUAAGAAGACAAAGCGGCCCGGCGGUGCAGGCGGUGGCAGCCAUGUGGUGGGCGGCGCGUCGGCCACGGCGAGACCAGGCAUCGGCGAUCUCACCAAGACGCUGAUGGAGCGGAGGCGCCGGUGGAUCGACACCAUCGGGUCCGUCUUUGACGACGAGAGCCUCAGCAAGGUCCCGCGCGAGUCGGACCCCAACAGCUCCAUCUUCAAGCCGGACGACAUGCAGCAGUUGAUGAAGCAGGAGAAGAAGCAGUGGGACGAGGAGGUGGAGGAGGAAUAAUAAGCCUACAGCUACCCUCUGUGCCAAGACUCGGCAUCGAAUAGGGCCUAGACCUGCAGCUUGUGCUGCACUACGAAGUACACGGACUAAGUUGUUUUUGGGGGGGGGUUGGAGAAAGGCGGCGUUUGGGGCGUUUAUUUGCCUCUCGGCACUAGUCACCCCGCGAGGGGGGAAACGUCAUGGGGGGAAGGGCUGCUACUAAAGACUACUAGGUUAAGAUGCAGCUCUGCCUCGUCGGUCGUCGAGGGGGAGCGGGAUGCGGGCCGUACGGCGUUUGGUGGGACAAGGGUGGCUGCUUCUUUGCCGGGGGUGGGAGGUGGUUUCGGGAUUGGAGAUGCGGCAUGCCACGAGCAGCGGCUGUCGAGCGUGUGACUUGACUUUGUUGCAUUACAAUCGUUAGGCAGAUACCUAUAUGAUCCUAGCGAAGCGCCUCG